CGGGCAGCUAGAGCGUCCCUCCUACUGGGAGCCGCGUGUGACCUUCUCGCUUGCGGAGCGAUGCUGCCGGCGGCCGCAAGCCUCCUAUGGGGGCCGUGUCUUAGGCUUCGAGCCGCCGCCCUCCGCCUCGCCAGGCAACAGGUACCUCGUGUCUGCUCCGUGCGCCUGAUGAGAUGCAGCAGCCAUCGAGGGGGGGAGGCCCUUGCUGGUGCCCCCCUGGAUAACACCCCCAAGGAGUACCCCCCCAAGAUCCAGCAGCUGGUCCAGGACAUUGCCAGCCUCACGCUGCUGGAGAUCUCAGACCUCAACGAGCUCCUGAAGAAAACGUUGAAGAUCCAGGAUGUGGGGUUCAUGCCGAUGGGUGGCGUGGUGCCUGGUGCUGCCCCUGCCGCAGCAGCCCCCGAGGCAGCAGAAGAAGACAUCCCCAAACCAAAAGAACAGACGCAUUUCACCGUCCGCCUGACAGAGGCAAAACCUGUGGACAAGGUGAAGCUGAUCAAGGAAAUCAAGAACUUCGUCCAGGGCAUCAACCUCGUCCAGGCAAAGAAGCUGGUGGAAUCCCUGCCUCGGGAAAUCAAAGCCAAUGUGGCCAAGGCCGAGGCCGAGAAGAUCAAGGCGGCCCUAGAGGCGGUGGGCGGCACCGUGGUUCUGGAGUAGCCGCCCAGAGGACUGUGGACAGGGGUCCCGGGCCCCGAGGGGGGCUCUACCUGCUCCUCGCGAAGCACCCAGGCUCAGCGGACAGAGUGGCCUCGGAGCAGAACUGGGCACCCGCACUACAUGGCCAACUCCGUUCUGGGACAGAUGUGGAUGGACCUGCUGAGAUGGAGAGGGAGGGGCAGCCACUGCCCGUUCAGCCCCAGGGAGGACUCUAGAAACUACCAAGAGUGUACAUGCCCCGCUGUGGCUGCUGGGAAAAAUGCAUUGUCCAGGCCCUG